CAGAUUAACAGUAGGGCACGAGCUCCAAGUGUAGCCACUCCUCCGUUAGCAUACGGAUGCUGGCAGUGAUAGCUAACAGUUAGCUGGUGUAUUUGCAAUUUCGUAGCAUGGCUGGAGACCUGCAAGGUUUUGCGCUGGAAAAAGCCGAACUGUUUUCCAGUCGUUUGAAGGAGCUCUUGUCUUCCGGGCAAGGCUAUGUUCGUGCUCAGUUCGGGGUGGAUUUGGGUCUGAAGCCCGAACUGUACCCGACGUGGGUGAUCCUGUCUACGGCUGCGGUGGGUCUGCUGUUGGUGCUCUGUCUGUCUUGGGCCGCAGUCUGUGGAGGUGUGUUCAUCGGGAAAAAACGGGGAUCCCCGAUCCCACAAAGCAGCAAUGAGCCUGUUAGUGCCAGUGCUGUUAAAACAGCCAAGCCGGAGGAACAGAAAAAGAGGAACAAGAAGAAAACGCCAGACAAGAAGACUCACUACAAUGGCCAGCCAGUGGCUGUAGCUCAGGAGGAAAUUAAGGUGGCAGAGGUGGUUUCCAAGUUGUCCCCCCAGACCAAAACUGAGAAGACACAGCCCCCAGCACAGGUGAAAAAGAACAAAAAGAAAACCAAGACAGAUGUGAAACCAGCCCAGCAGGUGUCUACAAGUGAUGGGAAGGAAGCUGAUGAUGGUGCAUGGGAGACCAAAGUCAGUAACCGAGAGAAGAGGCAGCAACGCAGGAAGGACAAGGGCCCUGAGGACUCUGGUAGCCCCGGAGGUGUUGAGGCCCCCAGAACUCCUGUGGCAGCACCUGUAGCCACAGCAUCUACCAACACAAAGAAGAACAGAGGAACUCAUGAGUCCCUCCAUUCGAGACCCACUGGAAAGGGGGAUGCAGCCAGCGGAUCUGUGCCCUCCAGCUGGAGAGAGGAGCCUUCAGUCAAUGGUGGAGGAUGGAGUGACAUUUCCUUGAAGCUCCCAGGUCAGAUGAGUGCUAUGGAGGGUACCAAGUGGAGCACCAUUUCCUCUGCUCCACAUUACAGGGCAUCAGCUGAGCCCCAGCGCUGGGGACAGGAGACACAAGUACCAGCAUGGAGUGGCAUUGAUGGCCGUACAAAGACUGACCUCAACCCAGUGUCCUAUUCCAUGCUGGGACUAAACACCACAGACCCAUUAUCAAAUUCAGUCGAGCUGCAGUGGGCGAGCCGCUCUGGUGUUGGCGAUGAAUGGUCUGGAUUCAAUGGGAUGGCAACGGUGGACCCCAGCUCUGACUGGAAUGCCCCAGCAGAGCACUGGGGAAACUAUGAAGACCCUCUUGUGUUAGUGACACAAGCCCCUCCACCAAAGGAACAGCCUGUCCCCAGCAAGGUAUCAGAGGAUGAGAAGGACACAGAGGAUGCAUCUGGGGGAGCGACCAAAUCCAAAAAGAAGAGGAAAAAGAAGAAGAAAACCGAUGAAGAGGCUGCUGCUGAGGCUCAGAUGGUAAGCUCAGUGCCCCUGGUCAGUGCAGUGCCCAAACUGCAAGAGCUCCCUGUGCUGGCUUCCAAAAAGCAGAAUCCCAGCAUAUCUUCCUCUCAGAAGAAGCCUGAGCAGAUUGUGGAGCCUCCGAAGCCGUCCCAGAAAAAAAAGGCCCGAAGGGAUACAUGAAGUCGCAUCACAG